UUUUCUCUCCUACAUGAAGAAAUGUGACGAAUUUGCGUGAACAUCAGCUGUUAAGUUAUUUUUUUUAACGAUGUCGAAGGAAAAUAUAGUUUAUUAACGUAUAUUUUAAGUUAAAUGUGAGCAAAUAUGUCAGAUAAUCUACGUAGAAGAAAGAUAUCGCAGCAACAAAGUGGAGAGAUUGUAGAAGAAACACAAACCAGUGAAUCUCAGCCAAACAAAAAAGAUAAACAACCAAAAAGUUUUAGCUUAAUUCAUUAUGUGUACACAAGUUUAAGUUUUGUCUGUUUGGUAAUCGUCUGUAGGCAAUAUUCCUUAUACCUGGAGACACUUCACGAGAAUGAUUUAUGGUUUUCUAAUAUAAAAGAAGUGGAAAGAGAGAUAUCAUUUCGUACAGAACAAGGUUUAUAUUAUUCCUAUUACAAGCAGUUGGUUCAAUCAAAAAAUUUCGAAGAAGGUCUCUUUCACCUGACCCACGACCGUAUUACCGAACAUGGAAGAACCAUAAAUGUUAUGGAGAAAUUUAAUCUGUAUCCGGAAAUAUUUCUGGCCAUCUUGUAUAAAAUUUACGGUUCCGAUUCUUAUGUCAAGCCGAUUUUCUUUUACAUUAAAUCAGUGUUUUACUUGCAUGGUUUCGGCUUGGCCAUGCUGUGUCUCUGCACGUGGUUUAUGACGCAGUCUUGGCCACUGACUAUUUUGACUUCUUUUUUUUAUGUUAUGAAUAAACAAGAUGCUACUAGAGUCUAUUUUACUAUACCACUUCGAGAAAGUUUUGCCUUGCCGUUUUUAUACGCUCAGAUAUUAUCUAUACUUAUUUUUCUGAAACGCUUCAAAUACGGUAGAUUUGUAGCUCAUUGGAGUGUACUUCAGUUUACGUUCUUAUUUUCUUUGUGCUGGCAAUUUUCUCAGUUUGUUCUUUUACUUCAAGCUGUUGUAUUGCACCUUUUAGUAUUAUUUGGGCUCGUAAAAUUUCACAUUCAUGCAAGGAUCCUUAUCAUAUUCUUAAUUUCGUUAAUGCUAACUAUUUUUGUACAGUUCAAUCAGAAAAUGCUCAUCGGUUCUUUAGUAUUAAGUUUCAUUCCGAUUUCUAUAACAUCUUUAUAUGUCAGUGAAUUCUCUCUCAACUUUGUAUCCAAGAAAAUUGCAUUUAUUUUACAUUUAAUUACUGUGUUUAGUAGUACACUUUUUCUUAACAAAUUAAUUAAAUUUGUUUUGAAAAUAGAUUCAGAUGAACAUAUUUUUAAAUUUUUAAAAGUGAGAUUGUUACGGGAGACGACAAGUGACUUUGAAACAAAAUUAUAUAUCUGUAACUCAGGAUUUAAUAUAAUUGAUACCGAUGCCUAUUGGAGAAUGACAAGAAAUUUUGUACUUCCUCUGUAUGUUUUUCACAUCAUAGUUAUUGGAAUUGCUGGAAUAUGUUAUCUAUUGGAAGAUAAAGAUGAUAUGACAUCGAAAUCUUCCUUUCGUAACAUGAGGUAUCGCUGGUCGCAGUGGAUUCGAAACAAUGUCGAUAUUGUAUUUUUAACAGGUUUCAGUGUAUUGUUAGGUAUAAUGGCAGCUUUUACUCUUAGAAUGAAGUUUCUUUGGGUACCGUUUGUUUGUGCUCUCGCACCCCUCACAUUAUCGAAAGUAGGUCUUUGGGGCAAUUUCCGUCAAAAAUCGACAUUCGUCAGCAUAGCUUCGACUGUGAUUCAGUUUGUCAUUUUGGGUAUAGUUGCAUAUCAGUUGCAUUUAUCCGUUCUGACCGAAUUAACAGAUUUGAAGGAAUUUUGGGAUCCUGAUACAGUUCAACUGAUGGAAUGGAUCAAAGAUAACACUUCACCAUCUGCAGCAUUUUCAGGAAGUAUGCAACUUUUAGCUGGAGUAAAAUUAUGUACUGGACGUCCUAUAACUAAUCAUCCUCAUUUCGAAGAUAAAUGGUUAAGGAAUAGAACUGAACAGGUUUACCAAAUGUAUGCUCACCGACCAGCAGAAGAUGUAUAUAAGAUACUACAUGAUAUUGGUGCAAGUUAUAUUAUUUUGGAAGACAGCAUUUGUCUGUCGCCACGUCGCAAAGGAUGCAGUCUACCUGAAAUUAUGGAUCUGCACAACGCACAAAUUUAUUCAAAUGUAGAUGCCAAGGCGGUUCCAUUAUUCUGUGAUGCCAUCAGACACAUGAAGCCACCAUAUUCUACCUAUUUCAAGCUAGUAUUUCAAAACAAGACUUUCCGUCUGUACAGGUUAUUGAAUGCUGUCGAGAGACAAAGCUUUCGAACUAUACCGUCGUUUAACAUGUGAUAUAUAUAAUAUAAAGAAGAUAAUUAUUUAAUUAAUAUAAAUACAACUAUUCUUCAAAUUUUAGUUUUCUUUAGAGAAGAGAUACAUAUUUAUAUUCGUGUAUCGAAAAUUCAAAAACGACCGUGUAUCCCGAUUGACAUUUGCCAUGUUUUCUGUUUUUAAAUCAAUAUUAUUUAAUGUUUUUUGAUUAAUUCAACUUAAUUUCAAGGUACACAAAAUGUAAAUGCAGUUAACACGUGAGUAUAUUUGCACUUAUUUUUUUUUUUUUCAGAAUCUAUUUUUUAACGACAAUCUAAGUUGAAGUAAAAAUCUGAAGGAGUUUUUACUUUUAUGCUUUGUGAUAAUUUUUAACUAUUACAAAUUUACACAACUUUAGUUUUAUUUUCAUUGAAAUUUAAUAUAUUGCUAUUAUUUUAUCUUAGUCUUUAUAUUUAUAAUAAAAUAUAUUCUGUAAGAAUUUUAAUAAUUACAAUUGCUCAAAAUUACGAGACUAUUAAUUCAGUCUGUCUGUCAUUCUGAUGAAAGUACUUUAUAAAAUAUAGUGUUUAAAAUAAUUUUUUGGAAUUCUUUGUAUAAAUUGAAUGACAGUUUAUUGAUUUUUUAAUGUUUAGUAAUGAAUUUUAUAGCUUUUGUUAUUGUAAUUUUUUCUGAAAAUAUAAUUUGUUGAAAGUCUAAUACUGUUUGUGCUUACAAAGUGAAUAUUUCUGUUAUAUGGGAAGAUAAAUUGUCAGUAUUUUUUGUAAUAAAUGUAUUUUUCAAAUGUUAGCUUUCUUAUAUGUAAACUCAUUCAUUUAUUGAAUCAUUCUAUGGUUAUUUUAUGACUGGUUUGAACAAAACUGGAUCAAGUUAUAUGCUGUGUAAAGUAAUAAAUUAAAAAU